AUGCCUGUUCUGAACAAGUCAUCGUUCUAUCUUCCACUCGUGGAUAUCACGCCAUUUCUGGAAGAUCCUCAUGGGGCUGCUGCCCAGGGUAUCAUCGAAUCCGUGCGCACGGCAUGCAAAUCCACUGGCUUCUUCCAGAUUAAAGGCCACAAAGUCCCUCUCAGGCUGCAAAAGUCGGUAUUUGAGGCUUCCGCUCGAUUCUUCGCCCUUCCACCAAAGAACAAACUCGAACUUGACAGCCGGAAGACCGUUGGAUUCCGGGGCUACGAUGUGAUGGAGACCCAAUCAUAUGAGCUCGAAUUUGGAGCCGUUCAGGAGGCCGAUGCGCUGCGUGACAUCAAAGAAGGCUUCUUCAUUGCAACCGAUCUACCUCCUGAUCACCCCCAUGUGGCAAACGGUCGCUUCCUGCAGGGCCCCAACGUCUGGCCAAAACCCAAGCAGCUCAGACCCGAGGAUUUCCAAUCGGUUCUGGAAGAGUAUUAUGCGGAGAUGCAGCGGUUAUCCCAUGUGGUUCUGUCGCUUCUUGCGGCAACACUACCUUACGGGCCACAUGUAUUCGAUGAACUCGAGACUGGUGACCCAAUGUCUCUGCUUCGGCUUCUCCAUUAUCCCCGGGGCUUGGAGAAACAGGACGGAAAGAAGCUUCAGCUCGGCGCUGGUGAGCACACUGAUUUCGGUACCUUCACACUCCUGUUGCAGGACGACAGUCCCGGUCUUGAAGUUCAGGACAGUGUGACAGGCGAGUGGCACGGAGUACCCCCCAAGAAGAUGUGGGAAUACAAGAGCAGCGUGCACCGGGUGUGGAAUAGAAAGAGUGAUGACCGGUACAGUGUGGUUUUCUUCUACGAUGGCAACCUGGACUAUAAAGUGAAACCUCUCAGGAGUUCUGGGAUGAAUGAAAAUGAGGAAGUCGAUGCGCCGACCAUUGAAGAACACGUGCGAUCGCGUCUGAUGGCGAGCUACGGUAUUUAA